GCGUGGUGGUUGCUGGGAGGUUCGAGCAGUUGGCCGAGGAGUAACGACUCUCGCAGGGAGAGUUUGGGCCUGUCCGCGGUUGGACCCAGGAGAGGGAACGCAGGGAAGCUGAAUGGAGUAGGGCAGCGAAUGUGAGUUAAAAUGAGCAAACGGAAAUUGAAGGAAGAUAGCUUUACAAAUGGGGAAUGCAUUUCAAAGGUACAAAAACUAUUACGUGAAAGACUCUGUCACCUGAAUCCAAAUGGAAAGUUAUUUGGACUUGAGCAUCAGUAUAAGCAUUUACUUGAGCUGUUAAAACAUACCGCUAUUAAUGGUGAAAGCAAUUCUGUACUUAUUAUUGGACCACGAGGGUCAGGAAAGACUCUGUUAACUUGUCACGUCUUAAAAAACCUUCUGGAAAUAAAGCAAGUAAGAGAUAACGUCUUGCAGGUUCAUUUAAAUGGGUUAUUACAGACCAAUGGUAGAAUUGCUUUGAAGGAGAUUACAAGACAGCUAAAUCUGGAGAAUGUGGUUGGAGAUAAAGUUUUUGGUAGUUUUGCAGAAAAUCUUGCAUUUCUUCUGGAAGCAUUAAAGAGAGGAGAUCGUGACCACAGUUGCCCUGUUCUGUUCAUUCUAGAUGAGUUUGAUUUGUUUGUCCAUCAUAAGAACCAAACGUUACUAUAUAACCUUUUUGAUAUAUCACAAUCAGCACAGACACCUAUAGCUGUUAUUGGUCUGACUUGUAGACUGGAUAUUCUAGAACUCAUGGAGAAAAGAGUGAAGUCAAGAUUUUCCCACCGGCAAAUAUACUUAAUGAAUUCUUUUGAUUUUAAAACGUAUUUGAAUAUUUGUAAAGAACAAUUAUCCCUUCCUCCAGAAUUUCCAGAAAAGUCCUUUCUCCAGAAGUGGAAUAAAAACAUACAGUCUCUUCUAGAAGACACAAAAGUUCAAGAUGUUCUGCAAAAUCAGUUUUAUUAUAGUAAAGACCUGCGGUGUCUGUUCAUGUUGCUGAUGCUUGCUUCCAAUAAUGUAACUGUGUCCCACCCUUAUAUUCGUGUCUCUGACUUCCUUGAAGCAAGCAGACUCUGCAGAAUGGACACAAAAACGAAUAUUGUGCACGGUCUGUCUGUGCUGGAAUUGUGCCUCAUAAUAGCUAUGAAGCAUUUAAAUGAUACUUAUGAAGGAGAACCAUUUAAUUUUCAGAUGGUUUAUCAUGAGUAUCAGAAGUUUGUUCAGAGGAAAGCGCAUACUGUGUACAAUUUUGAGAAGCCUGUUGUCAUGAAGGCCUUUGAACGCUUACAGCAUCUCGAAUUGAUAAAACCUGUAGAAGGCCCAUCUAAUUCUGUACAGAGAGAAUAUUUGCUAAUGAAACUGCUUCUGGACAACAGCCAAGUUAUAGAAGCUUUGCAAGUGUAUCCAAACUGCCCAACUGAUGUCAAACAGUGGGCUACAUCUUCAGUCCACUGAAUAUAGAUUUCAUAAGUUUGAGUCGCGUUGAAGGUUAGCAGUCUUCAGAAUCAGCAUUACCAUUUGAAAAACACAUCUUGAAAUUAUGGAUGUUUGUCUUCAGCUGUAUGGGACUUGCUUAAAUCAUGAGGGAUCCUCUUCUUUUUAAACAAAGAAAAAUUCCCAAGAAGUGUAUUAUUUGGGCCUAAAUUAGAAAUUGCCCUAUUAAAAUGAUCUCAAGUAUCAUAUGAAAAUUAUAUUCUUCAUUUUAGUUCAUUUUAAUUUUUUCUGGUCACUAGUAUCUGUUGCUCAAAUUAUAUGCAAAGAAACAUAGUAUACUGGUAAGAUUAUCAGUAGAGCAUUUGAAAACUCUUGUAUUCUGUUGUACCUCAGUAGGAAAGUAAGCAUUUUUCUAAGGAGUUGAACAGAUUCAAACUCAUUUUGUGAACUUAGUAGUACUUAUUCAAGACAACAGGAACAAUUUUCUUAGUCUUAAAAUACAAUUCCAAUAAAGUCCUGAUUUUGGUAUAGUACACCUAUUUUAAUAUUGUAGUAGCAACAUUUUCCCUGACAAAGUGGCAUGGUAAGCAGGAACAACGUAUGUAGACGUUUCUUUUCCCUGUAAAAUGUGAUGAUAUGUUGCAGACUCAGGAGCUAGGACAGUAAGGAGAAAUAUAGUAUAAUAAUUAUUACUUUUAUUAUUAUUAUUCAUUCCUACAUACUGCCUGUUGAAUUAAUACAAUGGAAAGCCAGAUAUUAAAGGCAAUCUGUUUGUAAAUUACCAAGUUAAACUAUUACCUACCUAA